UUUCGAUUUUUCUCCUCCUGAUGAUGUGAAAUUAAGAAAUAUCUUCCUUUCUCAAAUUUCCAUAAGUUUUAGGCCAUGUUUAUGAAAAUGAGAAGACAACUACAAUCAGUAACUUUGAAUACAGCAACUUUUCGUUUAAACGAAUCUCCUAUUCAACAAUCUGAGUCGAUUUAUUAUUCGAUCCCCAAUGCAAUACAUAUACCUAACAGAUAAUGGAAACCCGAACAAGUCGAACGUCAAUGUAAAUCGCAGAUAAAAUAUUCUCGAAUACAACCACAGGAAGUGGUUCAAGGAAAUCGGGGGCAAAUGUCAGACGAGAAAGAAGUGAAUUAUCACACAAUCGGGAUGAAUGCCGCCGAUGACCAGCGUUUUCGUGAAGUUCACGUGAAGACGGUGUCCAUGUGCCAACAGGCUCGACGUCGUCCGUGGUUAUAAUUGGACAUCAGCGGGCGCGCAAAGCUAUACGCGUUAGAUAUCGAUUCCGCCAGUCCUUAGUUACCUUAGCCUGGCACCUCGGCUCAACUACUCUUGGAAUUGGUAGUCUACCACCGUAGGUGGUUGAAGCAGCACUUCUUCAUCUGCUGCGCCGUGCCUUUGAACUGUCGCCAAGUUUAUUUUUCGACUUGGAACAUUGGAUGAUUUUAUGCUUUCGUUGCAGGUUCUCGGCCUAGCAUGUCCGUGCCUUCAAUGGUACAUCGAUUGGGAGACACACUUGUAGUGCGCAGCGUCGUCAGCGGUAACGAACUCUACGCCGGAAAUUCGGAAAAGGGUAAGUCGCCACUUCAGUUUAGUGAGAAAGAACUACCUGACCUUCCGGAUUGCAAGGUGAAAAGGAACUACUCGUGCUCUUCCUGCGAAUACUUCACACAGAACCCCAGACAUUAUCUCUAUCAUUUGCGCGAUGUUCACAACGAGAAAGUGAGAAUUUACGAGUGCCCGAACUGUCUUUACGCAUCUAAGCACUUCCAGAAGCUACUGCGGCACUCCAGGAUGGUCCACGGCAGCAGCAAGACGUCGGAAAUCGAGACCAAGGUUAAGAAACCGCCUCAGCCUCCGGUAACCGCUGAGGAAGAUGACACGAGUGAGGUCAGUGACAAUGAAGAGUCCGAGCCUUCCAAGCCGAUGAUCUUCAAGUGUUCGGUAUGCGCAUUCGCAGCCAAAAGCCGGAUGCUGCUGACUAAGCACGAGAAGGAAGAACAUAUCAAGACCAAAUUUUUCAGGUGCACAAAAUGCACCUACGUUACUCAUAUGAAGGCGCGCUUCACGAAGCACGUCAAGUACCACUCGAUGCCAAUGAUCAAGUGCGACACUUGCGAUUUUCGUACCCCGUACAAGUGGAACCUGGAUCGGCACUGCAAAAAUCACAACGGGAAGGGAGCCUUCCGUUGUUCGGCUUGCAACUUCACGGCGGACAUUAAGCAAAGUCUGACCGUGCACGAGAUGAACCACCACGUCCCCCCUGUUGGUCAAGCCGCUGGUUUCGGCAUUGGCAGACGGAGGAACAAGGUCGGCGCCAGUGAUACUGCUGCUGCAGAGGAAGCUGCACUCAUGGGAAAGAAUGUUAUAUCACAGGUGACUCAAAUCGACGAGGACAAGCCCAAGCCGCUGAAAAAUAAGACGAAAGUCAACACCGUCAGCGUCAAAAAACCAAAGACGUCAAAAAACCUGUCAGAUUUCAACCAGGCUCCCAGUCCCUUCGGUUCAGACUUCAUCAAUCCGGACGACAUAAUACACCAUGCAAAUGGUAAUGUUUACUUCAAAAACAAGUGCAAGUUGUGCAACUUCAAGUCCGCGUGGGACAGCGAAAUGACCAAGCAUGAGGCGAAAAUCCACAACAUAGUUAAAGAACAACCGGUCAAAGUGAAGAAGGCCCAACGACCAGUUCCCAACCUGAUACCCAUCAACAUGCACAAGAUCCACCGACCCUCUCCACCCGAGAACCCGGAACCUGUGAUGACCCAAAAAGACUUCAACGACAUCUGCGCCAAAUCCACCAACAGUGCUCUUAAGGAUUUUGCUUCCCUUAUGGAUGGCGAGAACAUCUUCAACUUGAACAAUUACCAGUCUUCGCCGACGUCCUCAAGAGUGCCGGACCUGAUACCCGCCUCCACACUCUUAUCGCCCAAGAACACCAGCAGCUUCAAGAGGAAGAACGCAUCAUUCUUCGACCAGCUCAAAGAGAAAUUGAUGACGAGCUGCGGUGACGUUAAUUUGAAUUGUAAAUAUUGUGGACACAAGAGUAAGUGUUUGUCGGAACAGGUGAAGCAUCAGAAAUCGUGCGGUACAGAGACAAGCCAGGCAACAAGCCGUUUGAACGUCUUCACCAGCUCGUCAAGGUGUCAGUAUUGCAGGCAGAGGUGCAAAUCGAGCGUAGACCUCUACAACCACCUCCAAACGUGCCUGGAGGCGCAGAAGAGCUUAAAUAAAUUGGCACAGCAAGAGGGUGAUAACUACGGGGAAGAAUUUGGGGUUAAGAUCGAGCCGAGUGAUUUCAGGAUCAAGGAGGAGGACGUUAACGACGAUGAGGAUUUCGCAACCAAGAAACAUCCGAUGGAGCAUAGAGUAUUCGUCUGGAACAACAUCGAGGUCCCGAUGGAUAUAGACGUGGAUGAUUCGAUUUACGAAUACACCGAAGACAGGGCCAGCGACAGCAUGUAUAUCCACGAGGAUAAGGUGGAGGAUAACAUGUCUUUGGAUCUAUCCAUCAGAACUCAUUCCCCGGUUACUAGUGAGAGCAGUUUCAUGGAGACUGAUGCAGCUACAGCCCUCCAACAACAAUCCCAUUCGGUCCCGGAAAAAAUACCAACCCACGGUACAGAUAUAAGCGUAGCCCAGCACAAAAGGGUGUUUCAGUGUCCACAUUGUACCUUUUGGGCAUCGACAGCCUCGAGAUUCCACGUCCACAUCGUCGGCCAUCUGAACAAGAAACCCUUCGAGUGUUCCCUCUGCUCCUACCGUUCCAAUUGGCGAUGGGACAUCACCAAACAUAUCAAACUGAAAUCGGUCAGAGACCCAGCCCACGAAUCCGCCAAAGUCCUGAUGACGGACGAGACCGGCAGAAGAAACUACACCAAAUACAACAAGUACCUUACGGAGAUACACGUCAGUGUCGAUCAGUCAUUGGACACCAGUGGUGGGUCGGGAACUAGGCCCAAGGGUCAGGGGACGCCCAAACACGAAACUACGAAACCCUCGAAAAUUCCGCCCAUAACCGCGGAUUUCAACAGUGUUCUUCAGAAUACGUCGAUGAAGACGUCACCGAAAAUGACCAAUGAAAACAUGUUCUCAAAGUUGACCGAGAAAAAGAAGUCCAGUAACGAGAAUAAGAGAACCCUGUUCAAAUGCAAAAAGUGCAAUUUCAGACAUGCAUCUAGGGAUGUGUUACUACAGCACGUGAAAGGACACUACACAGCUACCAGCUCUGGUAAUAGCAGUCUAGAAAUAGGCUUAGGAAGGUCGGAUGUUGGCAAAGAUGAGGCAAGUGUCACUCAUACUAACAUGGUAAAAGGUACCACAGCAACUUUUCGUUGUUGGCAUUGCAACCAGGUAUCAAAUUGGAAGCAUGUCAUUCAGCGUCACUGCAGACUCAAACACGGAGGCGAUAUCCGCGUGGUGAGCAGUAAGAACGGCCAAGAACGUCUGGUGAUAGAAGAGCAGACUGAUGAACCAGACCACAUAGACAUGGUCCAAACUGGCACCUUCAAGUGUAAAUCCUGUCCCUUUUCCAACGACAACCACGCCGAGUUCGAGGAACAUCUAGAGGGUCACAUCUCCAAGCCGGAUACCGUCAAAUGCCACUAUUGCAACUACUACGUGUCAAAGAAAGAAGACCUUGUUGUACACCUGGCUCUCCAUGGCGUUUCAGAUCCUGAGGAUUUCCUCCAGAGAAUGUCCGAUCACGAAGAUGUCGGAAAAAGGUUCCGAUGUCUGAUCUGCCCCUAUGUAACCAAUUCUAAGUCCCAGUACACCUACCACAAGCAGUUCCACAAGCCUAGAGGCGGUCAGUACUCUUGCACUCAGUGUUCGUACAACGUCAGCAAACGUCAUCUGCUUCACCAGCACCUCAAAGUGCACGGGAUAAACGUGACGCCACAUAGACAAAAUGGCGAAGCCAUCGACAUGGACGAGGUGUCCGAAGAAAUCGAAGAAGUGCCUUCCUGCAGUUCCCCAAUGGACUUGCAGAGUUUCCCAGACAUACCCCUUGUUUGGGUGUCGAAGAACGGGAAGUUCACGAAAAUGUUCAAGUGUCGUUACUGUCCCCACGUCAAUUUGAGAAAAGUCAAUAUUCAGGAGCACGAAAAAAUGCACAGUGUCAGGGAGAAAAACCCGAAUUCGAAGGGAAGUGCAGAGGUGGAACAUCACUGCAACGAAUGCAACUAUGUCUGCAACAAUGCUGGCGUAUUGUCUUCUCAUUCUAAAGUUCAUCAGGGUCUAUCUGGAACAGUCCACUGCUUGGUCGAUCCCUCUAAAACUGACGAAGAACAGAUAUCCGAGUUGAGUCGCAUUUUCAACAAUCCCAACUUCGAAAUCGCCUCUGGCGAUGAUUUCGAAGGUACCGACUUGAACUUAUCCAUAGAAGAACCGUCAGAUUCAUCUGAGACAACUCAAGUACUACAUUUUUGUUCAGAGUGUCCCGCGAGAUUCCUCAAAGAGAACGAAUACCUCAUCCACACCCGUUUCCACGGGGUCAGAUUGUUCUACAAAUGUGAAUAUUGUUCAUAUACCUCCAGACAAAAACCGCAUUUGUUAGCGCACAACUUGAUCCAUUCUACUGAAUACCAAGAAAGAACGAAAGUUCUUCAGGAGAUCCACCCUACCAGUGCCAAAUAUAAACAACCGCAAAUCUUUCAAGUUACCCCAAAUCGAAGCGAACCUGUUUGGGUGGUUUUCAACAGGACCAUCAAAACGGAACCUACCACUGCUACCAGCAACAAACCAAAAGGUGUCAACGUUCCCUUGUCGGGAACCGAUUUAUUUCAGCAGAAGUUCGAAGCUGAACAGAAAUGCUCAGCUGCUGAGGUAUCUGCGAAAAUCGAGGAGCCCCAGCCAUCAGCGCAAAAAUUUGAUCGUCAAUUCGGAAUUCUAAUGCAUGGCAAUCCGAAUUUCAUCUAUCCUACCACUGUGAAAAAUGGUAAAAUGAAGGAAAAGAGGUAUAAGUGUCCAACUUGCCCGAGUGCUUUUGAAAAACGAGAUCAAUACAAAAUUCACUUGAGUUUGCAUGGUUCUAAACAGCGUUAUAAUUGUGAUACUUGUGAUUAUUCAGUUAAAUAUUAUGCAAAUUAUGUACAGCACAAAAAAAAGCACACUUUGAACGAGAAAGCACAAGCAGAUAAAAAUGCUAGCAGUGAUCACACUGAUGAGAAUGAGGAUGAAAUUGAAGAAGGAUAUUUGCCUUAUUAUGAAGAAAUUGACAAUAUUGAAGCUCUUAAUGAAACGAUAGAGCCAAUAGAAAAUCUUUCAUGCAGUAAAAUUAAAGAACAUCUUGAAGAAAAAAAACGAACAUUCUAUUGUCACCUCUGUCCUUUUGCUGAUAACAAAAAAGAAGUUGUCAAUGAUCAUUUGAGAAGACAUACAAGUUUUUCUGGAAUAACAAACAAUCAUACAUGUGAAAUAUGUGAUUAUUCAGUCCCUCAGAUCAGUUUUCUGAAGGAUCACCUUGAACUCCACGCCGUACCUGCAAAAACCGAAGAAAAUAUUGAAGAUUCUGAGGAAAACCAAUCAAUUAGUCCUAAUGGUGAUACUAGUGACAUCCCUGAAAGAUUUAAUAAUAAUGAGGGUGAAAAUGAGUACCUUGAUUCCGAAGAUAAUAAGGAUAUAUUUUCUAAAAAUGAAACAGAAAAUUAGUCAAAGAAUCUAGUGAUAAAUAGGUGAAAUAGCUAUUACCUUAAUAAUUUAUUUGAAUAACUGAAAUUGAUGUAAAUUAUGAAUGUGUGAAAUCAAUCGCCUUAGUCAUAGAGUAUUUUUACAAAGUAUUUUCACAUUCGAAGUGUAAGCAUCAUUAACUUGUCAAUAAAUAAUUCAUAUUUGUAAAUAUUAUGUAUUUUCUUGAAAUAUUUUUGAAAAUUUCUUGGGUUUAAAUAAUAAUGCCAAAGCAUUUAAUGCCAAAAUUUGCCAUAUUAUUGUUGUUUAUAUAUUAUUGUUUACAGAGCAAAUUAUAUAAUUACUCAAUAA